CGCGGGCGGCGUGUGUCCCGGAGACUCUCCCCGCUGCGAGUCUGUGUCCCUGCGUGUCUUCCUGCCUCAGCCCCUGCCGCGCCCCUCGCCGGAGUCGGCCCGUGUCCCCCAGCGGGGAGCCCCGGCGUUUCCGAGGUUCUGUGCGGCACAGACACUCAGGAGCCUGGCCCGUUCCCGCCCGGCGCGUGUGCUGGCUGGCCUGCGGGUCCCUAGCCCUCUCCGCCCGUGCCCGAGUGGCCCGUCCCUCCGGGCGUGGAGUCUAGGUCCCUGUCUCCCUCCGGGUGUCUGUCUGGCAGGGAGGGGUUUGUUUCCACAGUAACCCGCUCCUCAGACUCCGGGAUUGGGGAGGGAACCCUUCUAUUCCGUGACCCCUCCCCGCUCCGCCGCCUGGGGCUGGGCGGAGGUGGGGAGCCGAGCCUCUCGGACCGUCGAGGGCCGUCCCAGGCCGAGUGGCUGGUGGUCACCUGCUUCUCUUCGGGGCUAAUGGCGGUGGCAGGAGUAGGAUUCGGGCCUCAAGAGGGGCCGAAAGUUGGAUUUGGGGCCCCGAGAUUUUGGACGCUCUUGUCCAGAGUCUGAGUGAGGAUUGACUGGGUGACUAGCAGGGCUGGUUUUUCGGGAUCGGUUGGGGGAGCGGCCGGGGUCACAUGACUCUGUGAGUCUAAACCACCCCCUGCUCCAACACACACACCAUCCCCACUUCCCCUUCUCCUUCCUGUAUUGGGAUCGGCGCCACCGCCCUGAUGGGGGUCUCCAGAGCUGAGGAGGGACCCGGGGAAAGGGGGCUAAGGCGACUUACUCUUUGGGCUUGGCUAAUUCCUGCGGGGGAGGGCGGAGCAUGAGGUUGUGCCCGUGACUGAGGUUUCAGCUUCUCAAGGUCUCUGCCUCAGGCUUUCUGCCUCUCUUUCUUCCUCCUCCUCCUACCUUUGCACCUUGAUUCUUGGCUGUUCAAGGGUUCAGCUCUGGGGGGGAGGGGCUGCAGCGGUCCCCAGGCUCAGGGUUCCUGCAUUCCAUCCAACUCCCCACUGCAACCCCUUAGACUCCACCGGGCCCUGAGGCGGCUUGGGGGGGGCUGUCUGGGCCCCAGCGGGGAAGACCUGGGGUCACCAGCCCCCCCCACCCCUCGUACUCGUUGGUACUGUCCCCCUCCGCAACAGGCCCCUGUGUCUGUCUGGGAGGAGGAGGAGGAUGGUGCUACCUUUACAGUCACAAGUCGCCAGUAUCAGCCUCUUGAUCCCUUGGCCCCAAGGCCUCCUCCGCGUUCCUCCCGGAAACUCCGAGCUGGCACCCUGGAGGCCCUGGUCAGACACCUGCUGGACACCCGUACAUCAGGGGCUGACGUGACCUUCACAGCAGCCUUCCUGGCCACUCACCGGGCCUUCACCUCCACGCCUGCCCUGCUAGGGCUCAUGGUUGACAGGCUGGAAGCUCUUGAAUCUCAUCCUGCUGAUGAGCUAGAGAGGACAAAAGGGGUAGCCAUCUCUGUACUGUCAACCUGGCUGGCCUCUCACCCUGAGGAUUUUGGCUCUGAGGUCAAGGGUCAGCUUGACCGGCUUGAGAGCUGCUUUCUUCGGACAGGGUAUGCAGCAGGGGAGGGUAUUAGGGGGGGCAGCGCUGACCUCAUCCGCAACCUCCGGUCCCGGGUGGACCCCCAGACCCCCGAACUUCCUAAGCCCCUGGCCCUCCCCGGCGAUCCCCCUGCUGACCCCACGGAUGUCCUGGUGUACCUCGCUGACCACUUGGCCGAACAGCUGACCCUGCUAGAUGCGGAGCUGUUUCUCAAUCUGGUCCCCUCUCAGUGCCUGGGGGGCCUGUGGGGUCACAGAGACCGGCCAGGACACUCUCACCUCUGCCCAUCUGUCCGGGCGACCGUCACGCAGUUCAACAAGGUGGCAGGGGCAGUGGUCAGCUCUGUCCUGGGGGCCACCUCAACCGGAGAAGGGCUUGGAGAGGUGACCGUACGGCCGCUUCGUCCUCCCCAGAGGGCCCGGCUCUUGGAGAAGUGGAUCCGCGUGGCAGAGGAGUGCCGUCUGCUCCGAAAUUUCUCUUCAGUGUAUGCUGUGGUAUCAGCCCUUCAAUCCAGCCCCAUCCACAGGCUUCGGGCAGCCUGGGGGGAAGCAACCAGGGACAGUCUCAGAGUCUUCUCCAGCCUCUGCCAGAUUUUCUCUGAGGAGGAUAACUAUUCCCAGAGCCGGGAACUCCUCCUGCAGGAGGUGAAGCUGCAGCCCUCUCUGGAGCCAAAUUCCAAGAAGUCCCCGAGGUCUGCCUCCCGGGGCGGGGGUGUGGUCCCAUACCUUGGCACCUUCUUAAAAGACCUCGUAAUGCUGGACGCAGCCUCUAAGGAUGAGCUGGAGAAUGGAUACAUCAAUUUUGACAAGCGGAGGAAGGAGUUUGCUGUCCUUUCUGAGCUGCGGCGUCUCCAGAACGAAUGUCGUGGCUAUGACCUCCGACCUGACCCCGAUAUCCAGCGGUGGCUACAGGGGCUCCGGCCACUGACAGAGGCGCAGAGCCAUCGCGUGUCCUGUGAGGUGGAGACGCCUGGGAGCAGUGACCCACCUGCCCCGCGGGUGCUUCGGCCAACACUGGUCAUCUCGCAGUGGACAGAGGUGCUGGGUUCUGUUGGGGGUCCCACCCCCCUCGUCUCCUGGGACCGGCCCAGUGUGGGGGCAGAGGAGGUGCCUGGAACCCCUGCCCCCCUGCUGACCCGGCUGGCCCAGUUCCGUGUUGUUGGUCCCCAGCACGUGAAGUGGCCGUCUGUCUCAUCUCUGGACUCCGCCCUGGAAAGCACCCCAGCCCUGCAGAGUCCAGCUGACCCCAUCCACCUCUCUCCCCCAGCUUCCUCCCCGCGGCCUUCUCGAGGUCACCGCCGCUCAGCCUCCUGUGGGUCCCCACUCAGUGGGGGUGCAGAAGGGGCCUCCAGGGGCCCUGGAUGUGGGGGAGGGGCGCCUGGGCCAGGGGCCUCUGAUUGCCGAAUCAUCCGAGUCCAGAUGGAGCUGGGGGAAGAUGGCAGUGUCUAUAAGAGCAUCUUGGUGACAAGUCAGGACAAGGCUCCAAGUGUCAUCAGUCGUGUCCUUAAGAAAAACAAUCGUGAUUCUGCGGUAGCUUCGGAGUACGAGCUUGUGCAGCUGCUCCCAGGGGAGCGAGAGCUGACCAUCCCCGCCUCGGCCAACGUCUUCUACGCUAUGGAUGGAGCCUCACAUGAUUUCCUCCUGCGGCGGCGGCGGCGGCCCUCCAGCACUACAGUGGGCCUCGCCAGUGGCCCUUCUGCCUCGGGAACUCCCCCAAGCGAGGGAGGAGGGGGUUCCUUUCCCAGGAUAAAGGCCACAGGGAGGAAGAUUGCCCGGGCACUGUUCUGAGGAGGAAGCCUUGUUGGCUCAUAGAACUCAUGGUGGCCAUUCCUAAUGUGGGGAGCCAUCCUGAAUGGUGGCCGUUGCCGCAUGGGGAAGAUAUCCAGAAGGAUGGCCAACCACCCUGGGGCAGGGAAGCACCACUGGCUUACCAGAUAGCAAGCCUCAGCCCUGUGACACUGGCAGUCUUGGUGCCUAAGCUGGAUACCUGCCAUGGAAGCAGCACACAGCCAGUGCUGGGGAAGAGAUCUGGUUUGAUUCCUGGCCACGUCCUAGCAUGCCAAGGGCCGAGGAAAGGCCUGGAGGAGGGGGAGAGGAAAAGCCUAGAGGCUCUGAGUCCCAGGGGAAGGGAAUGGCAAGAAACAGUUUCUCGCAGGAGCCUCCUCUUCCUACUCCAGAGGUUCCUGUCACUGUGACAACACUAAUGAACCAGACACUACCUGAGCUCUACUCCUGCCUUCAGGCUGCGGACUAGCUGCUGGGGGCGGGGAGCUGGCUGAAGGCAGACCCCGUGGGAAAAGGGGGGCCAACCGCAUCUAUCCGUGAAAGCUGGAUGCAAGGGCUUGGUGGGAACAGUUUCCUCAGAGUGGUUUAUGCCUCCCCAGCAACCUCCCCACCCCUGGUCCCUUUAUUGGCUCUUACGUUUUUCUCCUCAGUUGUUACACACCCACGUCAAGUACCCAAUUAAAGCGAUCAGUAUGAAAAACA